CGGCAGGGAACUAGAGCCGCCCAGCCCGAUACCGGAGCCAUGGGGCGGCACAGCCGGCAGGGGGCUAGAGUCACCCUGAACCAAUCAGCGCGGCCGCAGGCAGCCGCUGACUUCCGGGAAGGGGGCGGCUGGGGCCGGGCCAUGGAGCUGGAGCUGGAGAUGCCCUGAGCCUGGUGUCCGGGGCUGGGAGGCACAGGGAAGCACCAUGGACCCUGAGAUCUCCAUCAUGCUGCAGUGUCCGUCUCCCAAGGGCCUGGCAGAAACAGAGGUGCGGGCUGAGCUCUCCCCAGCCUACGACCGGCGCCAGCUGCCCGGGGGCCAGGCCUGGAUCGACGCUGUCUGGGAGGCCCGGUGCCGCCACAGCCCCUGGCUUUUCAACGGCUCCAAAUUCCGGCUGCAUUCAGCCCAGCUGGAUGGGGGCUCCCUGACCUUUCGUCUGGGCCUCACCUGCUACAAGGACUUUCUGGGUACCAACCGGGCUGGCAUGGCCAGGCACCUCCAGCAGCAGGGGCGGCAGGACUUUGGGGACAGCCAGGCCUACCUGGCGGAGCCGCUGGGAGUGGGCGCCAUGGUGCAUACCGCUGAUGACUGCUUCGUCUUCCUACGGCGCAGCCUGAAGGCUGUGGUGGGGGAUGUCCCAGAAGAAUCCAUCCGUUUGCAGGAUCUCCCCAGACAGAUGGUUGUCAAGGAGAUCUUCAACUCCAUCCUGCGGGAGAUCCGAGAUGAGGUCAACCUGCCACUGCCCACCCUAAGCCAGCCAGUGCUGCUGGGCAUCGCUCGGAACCAGACCAGCGCAGGUCGGGCCAGCGCUGAGUUCUAUGUCAGGUGCAGUCUGACGUUGGAGCAGGUGAAGCAGAGAUAUGAGAUCGGGGGGCCUGAAGCUCAGGAAUCCACCGGCAUCAUCUUUAUCAAGAGAGAGAACCCAGAUGUCCGUCUGUCCAAAGCCUUGUCCUAUGUUUUGCGUCAUGGAGCAGCCCAGCUGGGACUGGAGAUGGGUGCUGAUGGGUUCGUAGACGUGGCUGCCCUGCUGAGCCUGCCCCGCUUUGGGGGUGUCUCUGUGGCCGAUGUGCGACACGUCGUGGAGACUAACGAGAAGCGCCGCUUUGCCCUGCGCUCCCACCCUAGUGACGGGCGCUUGCAGAUCCGUGCCAACCAGGGGCACUCACUGCAGCAGGUGUCAGAGCUAGAGCUGAUCCCACUGCUGGAGCCCACAGCCCUACCCCAGACCAUGGCCCAUGGCACUUACCUGCGGCACUGGCCGGCCAUCUGCCAGGGGGGCCUUUCCCGCAUGGGGCGCAACCAUAUCCACCUAGCACCUGGGCUGCCCGGGGAUGGACAUAUCCUCAGCGGGAUGAGGCAGGACUGUGAUGUGGCUAUAGUGAUCAAUGGGCCCCAGGCGCUGGCAGAUGGGAUCAAGUUCUAUCGCUCAGCUAAUGGUGUCAUCCUCACACCGGGUGAUGCUGAAGGCCUCCUGCCUCCCCAGUACUUCCAGAGAGUCCUGCAGCUCCGGCCUGACAGGCGUCUGCUACCCCUCAAGUGACCCCCACAGGGCCGAGCCGGCUCCAGGGUCAUGACAUGGAGGAGAAUCAGGGCAGGAGAGAGCAGUGUAAAAUAACAUCCCUAUUGUUCCAUCUGCUGCAGCCUGUUUAACCAUCUCUCUGCUGGAUUUGCCGCACGCCCCGCCUCCCCCCCAAACACACACACACACUGCUGGGGUAGGGGGUGCUGGCUGGGGACCUGUACUCCCCUUUCCAUAGAGCACAUGCAGGAGUGCUGGGGUGGCAGGGGGCACGAGAAGGGAUGGGUGGAUUAAGGGGUGGCUUGGGCAGGAGUUGUGUAGGCCAUUGAGGGGUAGGUGUUGGGGCAUUAUGUGUAGGGAAUUUGAGGCGGGUAGGUGUUGGGGUGGCUGGGUUGGUUAGCUGGGUUUGUAUGGAAACGUGGAGGCUGGGGUUUUGGUGCAUGGGGGAGGGGCUUGGGAAUGUGUGUGUAGGGAUUGGUGGGCUGGUUAAGUUCUGUAUGGGGAGGAGGGUGGGUGUGUUGGGGAUAGGAGGGUAGGUCGUUGUGAUGGGUGGGUGAGGAGUCCAUUGUACAGAUGGCUGCUCCCUCCCUGUAGGUGGGGCCAAUGUUGGCCCCAGCUUUCCCCCCUCCCUGUUGCCCAGCAGGAGAUGGGUACAGUGCUGAGUGCUCACAGGGCCUCGUGGCCCCCUGUCAGCUUGUAGAAAAGCUCCUCGUCGAGGCCCCGGCCCUUGUCGGUGGAGCGGGUGGACAGGAAGAUGUACCCCCCGAUGUACUCGUGCACGAUAUUGCAGCCGGCCGACACGCUGCUGAAUGCCACAUUGAUGUGCUCAUCAAAUUCAAUCGCCACCUGGGAGAGAGGACGGUAGUGAGGGGCUGGUUGGGGAAAAGAACACAGGAGUCCUGGCUCCCACCUUUUAGUGUUAGGAACUGGGGAACCUUUUGGGGAAGAAGUAGCUUGUACCGGGGGAGAAUGGACUCCACCUUAACCAAAAUGGAACCAGACUACUGGCAUGCAAAAUUAAAAAGGCCGUAGAGGAGUUUUUAAACCAAGAGCUGGGGGUAAGCAGACAGGUGUGGAGGAGCAUAUGGCUCAGUAGAGACAUUCCUUAGGGAUGAAUUUAUUCAAGGGCAAACUCAGUAUCUUAAGAUAGGAAAGAAGUUGGUAAAGUACAGAUAGGAGCUAGUAAGGAACGGUCAAACAUACGACUCUCAUUUAAACAUAACACAUGAAGGCAAGCAACUAAAUAUUGACAAAAUGUACAAGGGCUUACAUACUAAUGCUAGAAGGCUAAAUACUAAGAUGGGUGAACUCGAGUGCCUGGCAUUAAAUGAGGAUAUUGGUAUAAUAGACAUUACAGAAACUUGGUGAAAUGAGGCUAAUCAAUGGGACAUGGUAAUACCAAGGUAUGAAAUAUAUAGGAAUGACAGUAGGUCAUGCUGGUGGGGGUGAGGUGGCAUUACAUGUUUUAAAAAAAUAAAAAUAAAAGGGAAAACCUUAAAUGAAU